AUGCUAAGUGAGCAUCCUAUUUGUACUCACUGUCCUGAAGAUCCCUUUUUGCGUGAGCUCAGACCAGGAGCUCCCCAGUAUGAAACAAAUGGACAAGAAACCAUCCAAGAAAUGCAGAGACCUCAGGUGCAGGAGUACGAUGUCGUGCAGUCUCAGCGCAGUGUCACGCUGACCACACAGGUCAAUCACAUGCAGACAAUCCAGGGUCUGAUCCUGCCUACCUGCCUGCCUGCCUUGCUCCUGCUCCAGAUCGGCCUGCUCGAAUACAAAGACCGCAGAGGACGAACUGCCCGCUUGGGCCCGAUCCUGACAAAGGAAGGGACACCGCCCAAAGCUUCGAACCUUGCUGAACUGAACUGCUUUACAAGAGAGGCAAAAGCCCACUUGGAGCUCAGGCUGGCCACGGCUGCCAAGGAAAAUAAAAAGUGUUUCUUUAAAUAUAUGAAUGGCAAGAGAAGGGCCAAGGACAACCUCCAGUCCUUGCUAGAUAGAGAUGGGAACAUAGUGACAAAGGAUGAGGAAAAGGCAGAGGUGCUUAACACCUUCUUUGCCUCAAUCUUCACUAGUGGGACAGGUUGUCUCCAGCACAGCUGGACUCCUGAAGUGGUGGAUGGAGUCAGGGACCAGUACAGUCCCCCUCUAAUCCAUGAGGAAGCAGUAAGGGAUCUGCUAAGUCACUUGGAUCCUCACAAGUCCAUGGGACCGGAUGGGAUCCACCCUAGGGUGCUGAGAGAGCUGGCAGCUGAGCUGGCCAAGCCACUCUCCAUCAUUUAUCAGCAGUCCUGGCUCACUGGAGAGGUCCCUGAAGACUGGAAGAUGGCCAAUGUGAUUCCCAUACACAAGAAGGGUCGUAAGGAGGAGCCAGAAAACUACAGACCUGUCAGCCUGACCUCAGUGCCAGGCAAGGUCAUGGAACAAGUCAUCUUGGGUGCCAUCACAAAGCACCUACAGGAUAGCCAAGGGAUCAGGGCCAGCCAGCAUGGGUUUAGGAAGGGCAGGUCCUGCCUCACCAACCUGAUCUCCUUUUAUGAUCAGGUUACCCGCCUGGUGAAUGUGGGGAAGGCUGUGGAUGUAGUCUACUUGGACUUCAGCAAAGCCUUUGACACUGUCUGCCACAAGAAGCUCCUAGCCAAGCUGGCAGCUCAUGGUUUGGACAGAUUCACUCUGUGCUGGAUCAAGAACUGGCUGGAUGGCAGAGCCCAGAGAGUGGUGGUGAAUGGUGCCACAUCCAGUUGGCAGCCAGUCACAAGUGGUGUUCCCCAAGGAUCAGUGCUGGGCCCAGUCCUGUUCAAUAUCUUUAUUGAUGAUCUGGAUGAGGGAAUUGAGUCCAGCAUCAGUAAGUUUGCAGAUGACAGCAAGCUAGGAGCAGGUGUUGAUCUGUUGGAAGGUAGGAGAGCCCUGCAGAGGGACCUGGACAGGCUGGAUGGGUGGGCAGAGGCCAAUGGGAUGAGAUUUAACAAGGCCAAGUGCAGGGUUCUGCACUUCGGCCACAAUAACCCCAAGCAGCGCUAUAGGCUGGGGACUGAGUGGCUGGAGAGCAGCCAGGAGGAAAGGGACCUGGGGGUACUGAUAGAUAGUAAGCUGAAGAUGAGCCAGCAGUGUGCCCAGGUGGCCAAGAGAGCCAAUGGCAUCCUGGCCUGCAUCAAGAACAGUGUGGCCAGUAGGACAAGGGAGGUUAUUCUUCCCCUGUAUUCAGCACUGGAGGUGACUUCACCCACGAGUGCAGCUGUACCAGACAUGCUGGAACUCCAGUAUGAGCUGGAAUCAAAGGAGGCUAAAUGGUAUGCAACCAUAGACAUUGCUAAUGCUUUCUUCUCUAUUCCCAUAGCAAAGGAGUGCAGGCCUCAGUUUGCAGUCACCUGGAGAGGAAUUCAAUACCAGCUCAACUGUUUGCCUCUGAGGUGGAAGCACAGUCCAAUGAUCUGUCACUCAGUCAUCCACAGUGCAUCGGAGAAAGUUAAAGCUCCAGAGCACAUACAAUUCAACAACAACAUCAUCGUGUGGGGCCAAACUGCUGAGGAAGUCUUUGAGAAAAGUAACAAAAUCAUUGACAUUCUGUUACAAGCAGGUUUUGCCAUUAAGAGACAAGGUCAAAGGAACUGUUACAGAGAUAUUCAGUUUCUGGGAGUGCAGAGGCAGGAUGGUCACCGUCACAUUCCACAGAAUGUGAUAAACAAAGUCUCCACCAUGGCAGUUCCCACCAAUAAGAAGGACAUUUUAACUUUUUUGGGUGCAGUGGGAUUUUGGAGACUACACAUUCCCGGAUUCAGUCAAAUUGUCAAACCUGUGCUUGAUGUGACUCGUAAGAGAAACGAUUUUGAGUGGGGACCUGAACAGCAAGCAGACUUUGAUCCAAUCAAGCAAGAAGUAGUCUAUGCAAUGGUUCCUGUGGUCUUCUUGGGAACAAGCGAAGAUGUAAAUCAACAGUCUGUAGUCCUACCAGGAGAGUUACUGAAGCAGGAGAUGGUGAAGGUGAAUCCAGUUGAUAUGCUGAGGAAAAUAUUCAACAGAAGUCCUGUGGUGAAUUUCACGUGGGCUGCAGUGUGGAAUCGACUACUGGCUGAGGUGGCUGAGGUGGCUGAGGUGGCAGGCAGGCAAGCAGCAGCUGCUACUACUGAGUUCAGUGCCAUCUUCCUCAGCAACACUGUCGUGCACAUUGAAGCUAUUCAUGAAUGCCAACACCACGGAUUUAAGCAGCUGCGGGUGCAAUAG